GCGAUUGUCCCAGUGGAGUCGCCGUAGAACUUCCGCUGUAGCAUUUAAUUUCCGCACACAAUCACGUGGAAGUACAGCACCGUUAAUCUUUUUUUAAAAUCAGCAACACGAAUAGAGACACAAAAAAAUGACCGACGGUAUAAUAAAACCAAAGCUAAAACGCACCAAGCGCUUCCUGGAGAGUCGAGCACCCAAACUAUCUGAAAAUGCAAAGACUACCAUGAUCAUGAAAGGGGGGAACGCCAACCAAGCUGUCAGCCAGGCACUGAAGGACAUAUAUUCCUUAAAAAAACCCAAUGCUGUGCUGUACAAGAAGAAGAACAUUAUCCGUCCAUUUGAGGACUCCACAUCUCUGGAAUUUUUCUCCAAAAAAAGCGACUGCUCACUCUUUCUUUUUGGUUCCCACAACAAGAAACGACCAAAUAACCUCAUUUUUGGUCGUCUAUUUGACUUCCACGUGCUGGAUAUGAUCGAACUCGGAAUUGAGAAGUUUGUCUCUCUCAGUGAGAUUAAGACGACUACAUGUCCCGAGGGAACCAAACCCAUGCUGGUGUUUGCCGGCGAGGCUUUCGAAAUGGAUAAUGAGCACAAACGCCUCAAGAGUCUGCUCACUGACUUCUUCAGAGGUCCGUCCGUGUCGGCGGUGCGCCUGGCAGGUUUAGAACAUGUUCUGCACUUCACUGCCCUGGAUGGGAAAAUAUUCAUGCGUAGCUACAGAUGUUUGUUGAAGAAGUCGGGGUGCAGGACGCCACGUAUUGAGCUGGAAGAGAUGGGGCCGUCGUUUGAUUUUGUUUUAAGAAGAACACAUCUGGCAUCGGAUGACUUGUACAAGCUGGCUCACAAACAGCCCAAGUCUCUCAAGCCCAAGAAGAAGAAGAACAUUUCCCACGACGUAUUCGGCACCAAAUUUGGCCGAGUGCACAUGCAGAAGCAGGAUCUGUCCAAGCUUCAGACACGCAAGAUGAAGGGUCUGAAAAGGAAAGGAGGAGUAGUGGUUGCCGGGGAACAGGAGGCACAAACGUCCAAAGUGGCAAAAAUCGAGAGCUGAGAUCCGAGAUGAUACAGCAGAUUCAUGUAUUUUACGUCCGCAAUCCCGGUCAGUGUCUUUACCGUCUUACCGCACACCACCACCUCUUUUGUGUGGUGCAACUAAUAUGUCAAUAUGCACAUUUGAAAGCCUGUUUUUUAAAGAAGGAUCCUUUAUUACGAUAAGGAGACGCAUGAAAUCAACCUGAUGAUCUUUUCAAUGAAUCCCAUUUGUGGGACAAAUGUCACAAAUGUGCUGUUGAAACAAUUAAACACACCUUCUCUACCCAACUAUUGCCAAUACAUUUAUU